AUGCUUGCUGCAGUUCAGCAGGACGCCGACUCCACUGUCCGCACCACGAAUGGCGAAAUCCUCUCUAAGGUCGUUCGCAAAACUCUACAAGACCGCUCAGAGCCACUGUCUCGUGCUAUCAAGGCGUAUGCAACUGGCCCCCUUCCAUUCUACGACACGGAUGUGAAGUUAGGACGAGCCAGUUUAGCGGCAGAUAUCACUAAAACCCUCCACGAUAUUCUCCCUCGAGACGUACUCCAAGUCCCCGGAACAUCGAAGCAUUGCGCAGCCAGAGUGCAGGAUAUUCUCGCGCGUUGGGCACAUGAGUUGUUUGAGGAUGGCACAGGCCUAGUCGAGAUUUUGGCGGGGUUCAUUGGCUCUAGAGAGGACAAGUCCAAAUGGGAGAGUUUCAGGGAAAUACUGGAUAGUCGGAUUAAAAGCGCAAAGUUCGAACACCCUCGGUCUCCAUCUCUUGGACAUGUUAGCAAGAACGACGAGCAUUUGGUUCUGAUGCGUCGCAUGCUUGAGCAUGAAGCCACGGAUUCGGCCAGUUGA